AUGGAUAUUCUCAAUCAAUUAGUAGUAGCUGAAGAAACGUAUUUUCUAAGUGGAGGAAAUAGAGAGUGCCUUCUGGGCCUAGUAAGACAGUUGAGAAGCAAAUACCAGUCUAUGAAAAUGUCUGAGUGCGAUAAAAGAUAUAUCAUGGCGAUUUUAGUUGUCUUGAGAAGAAUUAAGCAGACAAUUAUUCUUGAGGACAGACUUAUUGAGAUGGUUGACUCUGAAACUUCAUGCAUCAAGAGCACAGUGAAGAGGCUUCUAUCUGAGACAGUCAGUGCAGGUUGUAGGUACAACGACGAUGGAAAGACGAGCAACCAUGAGAACGAGCAGAAAUAUGCUGUCCCAAAAACAAGGAUCAACUUCCCCAUGGACAUCUCUCAGUUCCUAAGGACCUGGCUUAGAGAUAACAUGGAUAAUCCAUAUCCUUCUGAUGCAGAAAAGGUGUAUCUGUGCCAGAGCACAGGCCUUGGACUUGCACAGAUCAAUAAUUGGUUCAUUAAUGCCAGGCGAAGAAUCUUGCCAUUCAUGAAAGGUGAGUGUGCCAACUUUAAGUAG